AUGUGUCUAUCUAAAUGGGGAUAUUGUGGAACGGGAUCAGCUUACUGUGGUGAUGGUUGUCAAGCGGGACCAUGCACUGGAGGCAGUCUUGCAUGUCCUGAUUCGAGCAUGUGUCGCUCUAAAUGGGGAUACUGUGGAACGGGAUCAGCUUACUGUGGUGAUGGUUGUCAAGCAGGUCCAUGCACAGGAGGCAGUUCAGGUAAUUUCACUGAUAACAACGUGUUUGUCGGUAUAUUUUGA